UUUAAGAAUACACCGAUGAUAUGCUGUUAUCAUUAAGUUGAUAAGCAACAUUUGAUCUGUAUUGAGUACAGUUUAAAGCGAUGUCAUCCAAAAAAGUGUUAAUCAACAAGCAAACGAUUGAAAAUAACGGCGAAAUUGAUUUGGUUACGUUGGAAAAAAAUCUGAAUUCGAUCAAUAUGACUCGGAAAACAUCAUAUACAUCCACAUCAGAUGAUACUGAUAAAAAGUGCAACUUUCUGGAGACAAUAACAAGGACUGUACAGAUUUCAUGCCAACCGCCGCUCAUUCCGUUUACUAUACAGGGCGGAUCUGCGGAAGGUUAUCUGAUACUGGUGGAAUUGGUGCUUCAUCCCGAUUUAUUGCAUGUUUUAGCAGCUGAUGAUAUCAUUUUAUCCAUCAAUGGAAGGAAAAUAUCCGGAAUGUUGUUGCGAGAUGUGCGGAAAUUACUGGAAGGUUUAUUUGCCAUAAAUGAAUCAUUUUAUAUGGAGAUUGUAAAUAAAAAUUCGAUUCCAUCAAGUAUAACAGAAAUUCUCGCCGGUGACAAUUACCCAGAAUUGCAAAUUGUCAUCCGAAAUAACGUUUAUCAAAAAACAGUGCCAUAUACUACAAGGCAGCCACGAAAUGGUGAAAUCGACGGUGUGCAUUACAAAUUUGUUGAUGUUGCGACUUUUCGACAAUUACGUGAUAACAAUCAAUUGUUGGAGCAUGGUCAUUAUCAAGGUAAAAGCAAUAUUUCCGGAAAUAUCACUCAGAGAUUAUCAUAUACCGUUGAUUUCGAGUUUUUGCUCGCAUUUGAAAAUAUAUACAAAGAGGUAACGAAGAGACAUCCGUAG